AUGGCGCCCGCAGCCCGGCGUGUCUCCCUCAAGAAUUUCCUCUUGACAGCUCGCAAGGCGUUGCUCACGCCGCCAGCGCAACGGCCGAACCCUUUGAUAUUUGUCGUAGGAAACGAAUCAGCAGACCUCGACUCCCUCUGCUCCUCCAUCCUCCUCGCCUACUUCCGCACUUACGACCACUGCACCAGCAGCACCACCCCCGGGGUAUUUCCAACCCUACACAUCCCGCUCUCCAACCUGCCCUCAGCCGACCUCGCCCUUCGCCCGGAACUUGCCGCCGUCCUCAAGCCCGCCGGUCUACACAAUGACGACCUGAUCACCCUCGACGGCCUCCCCACCUCCAGCUCCAAUUCCAACAAUGAUACCUCCAGCUCCAUAACGCCUGAAAACACGCAAUGGCUGCUAGUAGACCACAACGCGCUCACCGGCCCUCUCGCCGCUCGCGGGUUUGGUGCUCCCGAUAAAAUAAUAGGGUGUAUCGACCACCACGAUGACGAGGGCGUCGUUUCUUCUAAUGUCGAGCCGCGGAUCAUCGAAAAGAGCGGGAGUUGCAUGUCGCUGGUGGUGGAGUAUUGCAAGCCGGGGUGGGAAGAGCUCAGCAAACUAGAAAGGUCGGAAGAAGGGAAUGCAGAUACGAGUCCGGAAGAGUGGGAAGCGCAGUUGGCGCAUCUGGCGCUGGCGCCGAUAUUGGUUGAUACGACGAAUCUGACGUCAAAGGAUAAGACGACGGAGUGGGAUAGGGAGGCUGUGAAGUUUUUGGAGGGGAGAUUGAGUGCCUCUUCAGCUGCUACUGCGGCUGCGGCUGCUGCGGCUGCUGGUAGCAGUGAAGGGAAGGGAUACGAAAGAACAGCCUACUUCAACCACAUCACCUCUCUCAAAGAAGAAAUUGCCGGGUUAAGCUACCGCGACAUUCUGCGAAAGGACUACAAGCGGUGGAUGGACGGCGGGCUAGCGGUGGGUAUCUCAACGGUCGUCAGGGGGUUUGACUACCUCAUGACCGAGAUUGGAGACCAGAAACAGUUCACCGAGGCGCUGAAGGCUUGGGCAAAGGAGCAGGAACUCGACAUCGCGGCGGUUAUGACGGUGUCUAAUCCUGAUGGGAAGUUUACGAGGGAGUUGCUCGUGUGGGCGUUCAACGAGGGGGCGGUCAAGGUUGCGAAGCGGUUUGUGGAUAAGAAUGGUGGUGAAGAAGGGCUGCGGCUUCAGACGUGGGGAGGUGGGAAGUUGGAUUCGGAACAAGGAGAAGCGGAGUGGGUGAGGUGUUGGACGCAAGGACGGGUGGAUAAGAGUAGGAAGCAGGUGGCACCCAUGUUGAGGGAUGUAAUGAAGGAGGCGGCUAGGCUCUGA